AUGGGCAACUACAGAACCAAACUGAGGAGCAUUGGUUGCCCAGAACUUUGCACAAAUUCGAUGAAGGGAAAACGUAACCCAAACCAACGAAGCCCCAACCAGGUGAAAAAGCCACGCAAAGCAGAAGUUAAUUACUGUCCUGCCUAUCCUGCGGGUGCACUGAAAGAGAGUCUUGAAGAGGAACGGAAAACGCUUCUUUUGGAGGUGCAGAAGAAAAACCAGCAACAAGUAAAAAUUAAAAUGGAAAAAACAUUUGCCUACAGAAGGCAGGAAAUCGUCCAGGACAUGCCCUUCAUCACCGAGCUCAAACGCAGAUGGCCAGCUCUUUUUUCUGAGAGUGAGGUAAAUGCCGAAUUUACCCGCAUCACGACUGUACCACUUCUGCCAAAAUUCAUGUCCCAGCUAGAUGGCUACUCUGAUCGCCUACUGAAAGUGUUCAGAAAUAAGGGGGGUGAAGCAGGACACAAAAUCAGACUGAUGACGGCAGCCAUGGACAAGGAUGUUGAUCCUGAGGCAACCCGUGGGAUGGAGGCCAUCAUCAUGGGGAUCUACGUCAUAAUACAUGAGGGAGCAGAGCCCGACGAGGAUCCUGAAGAUGUUGGAAUCGUCAUAGAAGGGGUGGAAGUUCUGCACGGUCUGAGGAACACUGCAAAUGCAUGUGCGCUGCUGCUCGGCCUCAUUUACUGCCUGAAUUUAAGUUACCCGAAAGAGUUGAAGAGCACAUUUGAAUUUCUGCAGAAAGUAAUUAUGGAGUUGGAUGGCAGCCGACUCUCCACAAAGGUGCAAGUCCUUAAAAACCGGCUCCUCCAGUGAUCUUUUCAACUUGUGUCCUCUCAACAUAUGCAGUGCUAGUUGGAUAACACACACACACACACGCACACACACGCAUACGUAUUGUCUCUCACAUACAGCAUUGCUGAUCAUUUGAAUUGGAGAUGGGGGUGACUAUGUGUAAUGGGGUGAAAUUGAAUGGAACGCCAUCAAGGAACGUUAACCAAUGAAUGACACUCUGUGACUCAAGCCGUGUUUCAUUGCUCAGAAGAGGAUGGCUCAUACCUGGAAAAGAGACCUGUAAAAAACAGCCUAUAACUCCUUUAGUCAACACAGGACUUUGCUGCAAGGCAUGGGAAUGAGUCAGAGUGGCGGACUGCUUGCAUUGUUGGAUUUAAAGAACGUCCUUGGCUUUACAGAUGAAACAUUGGUUGAAUUAAGGGACUUGUUGGGUAUUGCACUGAAAUCUUGGGAGUCCCAGUAGGUGGUACUGGUUUGUGAUUGUUGGCUUGAUUAUAUUUUUGUUAGAUUGUAUAAAAAAGACCACAUUGUUCUUGUCAGUCCUCACUUGACAUGCUGGAUCAGACAAUAUUUUUGAGCAAGGAGCUUAGUUUAUCAUUUUACU